AUGUGUGGUGAUCCGCCUAGACCGCCCAAGCGCUACCAGCGAGCGGAAUAUCGUUGGAGAGAGGAAGGUGUUUGUAAUCCUGAGAUGCAACCAGCCUCCUAUAGGUCUUUAAGGUCAUCAUCCAUCACCCCAGAAAUGGAAGAGUUAAUUUCCUGGCGUGCAUCUCGAAGGUUUGGAAAUUACUCUAAACACGCACUCAUCUCCAAAGGUCACCCCUAA